AAAUUGUGUCAACUCUUGGACUUUUGAUGACUGCAUUCUAGUUAAUCAUUAAUUUUACAGUUUUGUAUUGAUUUCUGUUAACAAAUCUUUAAAAUAUGGCAUAUUUAACACAACCAGAUUAUGUUAAAUAUGUCUGUUCUUGCGGACAACUCAAACCUAUAACCAACUUAUACUUUUGUCGACAUUGCUUGAAGAUACGAUGCGGUUUCUGCAUUUGUCAUGAAGUUGAUUCCCACUACUGUGCAAACUGUCUCGAGAACAUGCCGUCGUCAGAAGCAAGGCUUAAGAAAAAUCGUUGUAGCAGUUGUUUCGACUGCCCAAGUUGCUUUCACACAUUGUCAACCAGAGCAACUAUCGCCCAGCCACGACAAGACCCAGCUGCUGGUGAUACAAAAGUUGAGAACAAACAGCCAAAGAAAAUGUACUAUUUAUCCUGUUUUAACUGUCGUUGGACAUCUCGAGAUGUUGGAAUCCCUGAUCAGCCUGUUGCCUCCGGAGGGUGGCCUGAGAGGACCAACCCAUAUGCAGCACGAGUGAACCAACUCCUUGAAUACUAUAAAGCUAUAGCUCAACAGGAGAAGCAAGAAAAACUGGAUAGAGAGAGAAAGAAGUUUGCCAUCAGAGGAAAAUAUCUCACACUCACUGACAAAACAGGUCUAACAAGUGCUAUGGCUCGUAAUAUAGCUGGUCUGCCGUCCAGUGAGAGUUCAUCAUCGGCGAUCGCUAACUUUGUACCGAGUCAAGCUUCAGCUGAAGUUGAGGAAUUACCGGAAGACUACCACACACAAGAAGUUAAUUUAAAACAAAUCACGACGCUGGCGCAGCGCCUGCGCGCGCCGGCGCAGCAGCCGCGCAGCGCGGCGCGCCUGCAGCCGGCGGCGCGCGCGCUCAGCGUCAAGCGCAGCCAGCGCUGCCGCGCCUGCGACCACAACCUCACCAAGCCCGAGUACAACCCCGGCUCCGUCAAGUUCAAGAUCGAGCUGCUGGCCUUCUAUCAUGUUCCCGAAGUGAAGAUAAUUUCCUAUGAAUCGGUGAAACCUGGACAAACAUCGGCUCUCCUGUUGAAGCUGACCAACCCCACUGCUCAUGAGAUGCAAGUGCGUCUAUUGCAACCACAAGACAUUCCUGAAGCGGACGAGAGAGAGGAACCGAAGAGCAUCGAAAAGUUUCUUGAGAAAUCUCUUAAUUUGGAAAAGGACAUGUCAUGGAGCAAGGUGAUAGAGCGCAAGCCGCAGAUCCCUGCAGUGAGCUCGGUGCAGGCGCCGGACGUGAGCCUGGCGCUCUCCCAGCGGGACGACGCCGCGGAGUACGACGACGACCCGCAGCACGACACUAGCGACAUUAUCCUCUGGCGUAAGUCAAACAAGCUGGCACUGCGGCUCAAGGUAACAACCGAUGCUAGCGCCAAAGUGGGGACACAGGCAUUAACCGCUAUAGCCUUGCAGUACUCGUACAGAAAUACAGUACCCCCCUCCGCUGCAUCGGCACAGCAAAGAGACCAUACUCUGUAUACAACUGUGCUAAUAGACCUAGGCACAGUUUGUGAGUAAAAGAUACGUCAUCAGGGGCGGAUUUGGGGUAAGGCAUAUUGGGCUACAGCACCAGAGCCUCCAUAAUAGAUUUCAGAAACGAAAAUAAAAAGGAAGUUUGUCAUUGUUGUAUAUUAUCUUGUAUUACACACUUACAAAAAAAAAAACAAUUUACGAAAGAUAAUUGUCUGUGGUGAGAUUACAUUAAAUUGUGUAUAGAGGUCUUUAUUUAUUGCGUAGAAGAAGGUGUGCUUAUAAGCAAAUAGAUUUUUUUUAAUUUUGAAUAUACCUACAUGUUUAAACUUAUGAAUUUUAUGUAGUGAAAUACAUAAAUAUUAUCGAUUAGUUUAUUACAUGAAUUUCUAACCAUAUUUUUAAUGAUAUAACAAUCAGUAAAUUAUUCCACCCGUAUAUAGCAACUUCGGUUUAAGAUCGAAAGUCAGAAAAACCAUAUUGAUAUUAGUUUUAUUAAUACUAAAGAUAGAUAACACAUUACUUAAUGAUUAUGUUAAAAUUAAACACUACAAAAUAAUCUCGAAUUUAUUCUUUUUUAUGUAAAAUGAUGUCAAAACUUUUUUCAUAUAUUCUGUUACCCUUAGGGAAUAUAAGUAGCUAUAAGCUGUUGCCUUAUUUUUUUUUACUGUUAAAAAUAUUACUUCGAAGUCUACAUUUGCAAAGAGGUUGUAUAUAACAGUAAUUGAAUUGAUUGUUUUUAAGAACUUAAAUAAAUUUAUAAUGCAACUGA